AUGGGGCUUCUUCUCCCCUUCUUCCUUUCCCCUUUGCAUGUGAAAUACUGUGAAGAAAUUGCCCUGGCACUUUUCAGACUUUGUUGCUUGAAAUGCACAGCGCAGCAAUCUUCAAGUCCCCCACUGUUGCUGCCUGCCACGUCACACAGUAUCAUUCCACAUUCCAAGAUCGUCACCGCCCGAGGAUGCGCCCCAGCUGCACUUCUCAUUGCCUGGAACGAUUGUUUUCAAAUCUUCCUUUUAGAUGUCAAUCCAGUCCUGGCACCUGGUCUCAUUGGGAGAAUGAGAAAAGCUAGCCAUCGAACUUCUCGGGGGCCUUUCACCCACCAAGGAAGACAAAGAAAAACAAUGAAAUCCUUUGAGGACAGUGCUUGUCCACUUGUUUACAAUGUCCUCCUUUUUCUUUUUUCUUUCUUUUCUUUUUUCUUUUUUUAA